AUGGAGGAAGCAGGAGGACUACUCCGUGUGGAAAACCCCGUCACACUCGCAUCACGAAAGCUUCCUGAAACCCGGAGACGGUGUCAGGAUGAGUGUCAGCCGGAGCCAUCCAGAACUGAACGGCGCCUUGCACUUAGAGCGAUGCAAUGUCAGAGGUCCUCGUGCUUCAAGGAAAUCUCCUCAAAGAAAGCAACUUUGGCUUGUUGGUGUCCUCUGUUUCACUCCGUCCUUGGUGUCGCAGCACUCCGCGACGCCUUGAGACCGAAAGCGUGUCAUAUUCCAUCACAUCCCCGGUGUGCAUCAGUGUGCCAAGGCCAGCGGAACCGUCCUUUGCGUUGA